CAUGUCCCCACGGCCUCGCCCCUCUGUCGCCUUCGCCACCACCCCCACGAGGCCACGAGGGAGACAGACGGACGAGCACAUCGGCCGGAGGAGGAUAGCUAGUAGCGGGGAUGGCGCGGCGCGGGCGUGUGGAACUGCGACGGAUCGAGGACCGGACGAGCCGUCAGGUGCGCUUCUCUAAGCGCCGCGCGGGGCUCUUCAAGAAGGCAUUCGAGCUCGCCCUCCUCUGCGACGCCGAGGUCGCGCUGCUCGUCUUCUCCCCCGCCGGCAAGCUCUACGAGUACGCCUCCACCAGCAUCGAAGGUACAUAUGACCGUUAUCAGAAAUUCGCGGAAUCCGGAACGAGCCUGGAUCAAGGAGAUGCAAAUAUCAGCAAUGAUGAGGAUCCUUCCAACAUACAGUCAAGGCUUAGGAAGAUUGCUGCCUGGUCUCUUGAUAAUAAUGCCAACGACUCAGAUGCCGAUAGUUUAGCGAAUCUGGAGAAACUACUGAAAGAUGCUCUGAAAAUUACGGAAUCUAAGAAGGCGUCGGCGAAACAGGAAAAUGGCGGCAGCACAAGCGGAGAGAACUCCAAUGGACCCAGGGGACAUGAGGAAUGAAAGGCUUGAGCAGAGCAGAGUUGCCUGGCCUGCCCUGUGAUGUGCAUGCACUUGUACAAUCUUUCUGGCACACACACACUCUUCCCCUGUUAGGCUAAUAUUGAUGGGCAAGAAAGAGUUGUCAAGGCUGCUGCUUGUAAGGUGUAGGGAAGGAGGGGCAAAUUCAGCGAAAUACGUGUGCUAAUACCACGAACUCAUUGUGUGUCACAUGCUAAAGGUCCAAGACAUGUUUCACCUACGGCUGUUUGUGCUGCUUAAUAAUAUAGUACUAUCUAAAAUCGUACAUCCAACCAUGUAUGCUUUUAAAAAAAAACAUAAGCAUGUAUGCUUGUUCCUAGAGGAACUGUGGGUUGAUGUUGUGCCCAUUCUCAUCUCUUGUGAUACGCAACUGAAUGGUAAAUAAAUCUGAUGAGGUCCGUCUGUGCA